UUUCGUAUUAGUGUUUUUAUUCUUUUUAGUUUUUUUGAUGUCUCUAAGCAGAAAUGAAAUGGGGCGGAGAAUGCAAACACAAGAACUAAUCUACAGACUCAGUUAACGAAUUCGUUUGUCAUUUUCUGUGUUGAUGAAAAAUCUCAAACAAAUAAUUAAAACCGCCAGUCAAUCUCCAUAAGCUGGGGAACUGAUGCCUACAGCUCAAGAACUUCGAUCAAAGCAGCAACAAGUUUUAUAAGGGGUUGUAUGGUGACCAUCAUACUCUGAGCCACAGUCUAGACUAGUCCGUGCAUUUCCAGGAGAAGUUGCAUUUGGCGAAUCCGAAGUGCGACUGGGCCACAGGGGGAGGGGUUUGACAGCUAUAGUAAGUACAACAACACCGGGAAGCAGUGGAUAUCUUGACAUUGAAUCAACUGAAGUCAACCCAUGGCAAUAUGAUAAUGCUGCAAAAGAGGAGAUACUUUUAAAUCACUUUUGUUGCAUGAUCGCUACCAAAUAUUGCUAGUUUAGGUGCAGCCAGCACAAUACUAACGAGUCAGAAAUCAAAUUUGAAAUUUUUGGUUGAUGCAUAAUGUAAUACUUCAUCAUUAAGCAGGUGCUAAAUUUUCGUUUUAUCAGGGCUCCAGCUUCUGCUGUGUGAUAUAUGAAGCAUAUAAUGCAUCAUGUUACGAUUUGGAACACCUUAACGACAUUUCACCAUUUUUUCUAAGUUUGAGCAUCUUCAUUUCCAAAACUCAGCUACAAACUUUGAUGCACCACUCUACCAUCAGUCUUAAAAAUCGUUCCCGAUGGUAAUGACGCAUUCUGGUUUUGGUGGACCUUUUCCUAAUGAAAUAUAAUAUGAGUGUGCUUCAACCAUUGGUUUGAAGAGGGAGUGUAAAAUUAAUUAAGGAUGCAUCAUGUCAUGGCAGAAGCAAUAAAGAUUGCUACUAGUUACCAGUCUCACAAUGAAAGAUACAGCUGCAAGGUAUCAACUCUGACAAUGAAAAAUCAACUUAUUUCGAGCUUAGAAGAAGACUAGGCACACGACCACCUUAGCUGGAGACGGGAGAAGGCUCAAUCAGUUGGUUUGGUAGCUGUACAUCAUCAACCCCAAUGGGAUGUGAAUUUUUUCCCCAGAAAAGUUUUUUGGAAUGUGCCACGUGGCUUCUUUAUUUUUCCUUCUUCCUCUUUUCUAGUUAUAGAAGUUAUCUAUCUUCCUAUAUCAAGGAUUUUAAACGACUUACAAGAGAUGAGAUUGUCGAGAGAGGAGAAGAUGAAAAGUGUAAAAGAGAUGAAAACUGCUGCUGCUACUGCAUAUCUUCUUGAGGAAUUAGUAAUUGAAAAUAUUCUCACCAGAUUACCACUUCGGACUCUAGCCCAAUACAGCUGCAUCAGUAAGUUAUGGUACAAUUUAAUUUCAAAGGAUGCACGAUUUGCUAAGGCUCACUUUGUUCACAACAAAAAUCAUAACUUAAAUCUAUUGUUUAAUAUAUCCGUCAAAGGAGGAGCUGGUUUUUUCAGUUUAGAUAAUGAUUAUAAAUUUAGAUUAUUAAUGGACAUAACAGCCCCAAGCACAACUGAACUAGUAGGCUACUGUAAUGGCUUAGCUUGUGUUACACUAAUGCUUAAAGCUGCUUAUGGUCUUUCUGCAAUGAUUGUCGUUAACCCGGUUACGAAGGAAACACUUACCCUCCCCUAUUAUAUUCCUAUUAAUGGGGUAUAUUUGGGCCAUGGUUUUGGCUUUGAUUCAUCAACAGGAGAAUACAAGGUUGUAAUGAUUUAUUAUAUUUCCAGAGGCAAUGAGGAGUUUAUAAGCAUGGUCUACACAUUGGGUACUAAUUCAUGGAGAAACAUCGUUACAAGUAUUGAUCAAAUCUCUGCACCGGGGUGUUCUCCGUUUCCUAGUCGAAUGGCAACAACAGCUGCCACUCUUUGCGGGGGCGAUCUUUUCUGGAGGAUAACUAGAGUAGGAGAAGAAGUUGAUAAUAGUAAGAUUGGUCUGUUGCUCCCAUUUGACAUUCACAAGGAGAAGAUUCAAAUCAUUGGAUUCCCGAUUGAAGGUAGUCUGACCCCAACCCCGCCAACAUUGACUGUAGUAGUUGAACAUCAUAUCCUGGAGUAUAGAGGAUAUACUUGUGUUGCACAGUCUGAAAAGCUAAUGAGAAACAUUAUGCAGCGUUGCUGUCAUCUGCGAUAACUGUCUGGGUAAAUCUUGUUGUUGUUGCUCUUGUGUAAAUCUGUAUAUAUUUAUUGAAGGAUAAGGAAAAGCAAGUGUGGAUCAAGGGGGAGACUUUAGGUGUUCAAGUUGGGGAGCUAAGUUUACUGCCAGCUUCCUUUUGUUGUUACUUUGACACUACCACUGCUACUUUACAAUUUGCAGACAAAAUGUCUCGAGGUGGUAACAUCCUUUUCCUGUAACUCGAAAAGUAGUUCACUUUUUGAAGUUAAGAUGAAUGGAUCUCCCCCGGCCAAAGGUGUUGAUGAUAACGGUAAUAUUUAUUGCCCCUACAUGGAUUAUCAGCUGCACGCUCACCGUUCUCUGAAAACAUUCAUUCCUGCUGGAGAAACUAGUACAUUUUGUGGGAAUGAUGAUUUUUUACAGUUCUUAAAACUACAAGUACCUGUGAAUACUACAAGAGAAUUAGUAAAAUUUCAUGCUUUCUUUUAGGUAGUGUAAAUCCAAAUCAAAUGAUGAAGAAUUAGUCAAUUUCCUCGUGGAGUUAAAUCAUUAAACUAUGAUCAGUUUGGUUCUUUUUUUUUUCGGACUUGUUAAAAGGAGCUUAAUCUGACAUUUAAAUUCAAACUAGAUGGUUAUUAUUAGGUUUACAGCCAUUUGAACUUUAAAGUCAAACUACACCGUCUAUCUCGAUCAUAUAUAUAUAUUAUUAUCCAUCUUACUUCUCUUUUUUGCUUUAUUCAGAAGUUUGCAGUUUGCUUCCCUUCUCUUUCUCUUAAGCUAGAAUUGCAGAAUCACAGAGUAUUAGCAAGUAAUUACAUGGGAUAUCUCGGCGUUAUUAAGGCAGUUUGUAAAUUUUCAGGUAAUAUAUUUUCCCUGUACGUAAUUGAAAUUAAAACAACUCACGAGGCUGUCGAAUAUGAUUUCCAUGUGUAGAUUGAUUUCUGGCCCUUUUCUUGGGUGGAUGAUUAUAAACAGAUGGUGCAUUUGUGGGAUAGGCCAUCUCUGGUGCCACUGACUGGUUAGAUGGUUACUUGGCAAGAUUCAUUAAUUGGUAGGAUCAUACCUUGAUCCCCUUGCUGACAAGGUUCUUAUUGGCUCUGUCGCCGUAGCAAUGGUGAAGAUGGAUCUUAUAUCCUCUUGGCUUGUUGGACUUGUCGUGCUCCGGGAUGUUGGUACAGCCUUACAAAGAACUAGUACCUUGGGAAAGUUGGUCGGAGUUUACCAACCUCGACGGAGUUCAUCGACAAAAGGUGGAACCCCUCUUUCCGAGCAAGCUCAACUGCUCAACACAGUAUUCCAGCUGGUUUUAAUAGCAACCAGAAUUUGGCAACUUACAGACUGAAGUGUACAUUAAAUACACGAGUUUGCUGGUAGCUUCGACAACAGCAGCAUCCACGGUAGCAUAUGGGGCACGAUACUUGCGAAUUUGUGGUUU